AUGACGAUAAUUAUGGCGUCUAGCUUUCCUGAAAAGAUUAAGAAAAAGAUUUGCUACAAAGGAGGUAAAGCUAUCAAAGGCAUUGAAAUCAAGGUGCUAGAGAAGCCGCUGGCUAAACCCAUAGAUAAUAAAGCUCAACCUAAAAAACAAGAGAAACCCACAUCUCCUGAACCGGUUACAGGGCACCUGGGUUUGGUGGAGGCCUAUGUUUUCAUGGUUGUACUAGGCCAACACCCCAAUUCUAUCAACCUUAUUAACCGUGUGGAAGGUCAGGUUUUGAUAGCUAGGGUGGUGGUAGUUGUAGUUACCGACGUAAGGGUUACUAUUCAUGCAGAUGUGAAUAUGGUUAUGGAAAUAAUCCCUCAUCAUGCAUAA